GAGCUUCCGGUGUGAGCCGGAACUGCAGCCGGAAGCGAACUGGACGAAGGGACAGAAGCGCUACACUGCCGGCUGGGCUCUGUGGCCUCGCGAUGGGCAAGAGAGACCGAGCGGACCGUGACAAGAAGAAAUCCAAGCGGCGGCACCUGGAGGACGAGGAGGAUGAGGACGACGACGCUCCCGGCCACGAGUCCCAGGAGGCGGUGCCCUCGGCAGCCGGGAAGCAGGUGGACGAGUCGGGCACCAAAGUGGACGAGUACGGGGCCAAGGACUACAGACCGCAAAUGCCGCUCAAGGGCGACCACCCCUCGCGGCCCCUGUGGGUGGCUCCUGAUGGUCACAUCUUCCUGGAAGCCUUCUCUCCUGUGUAUAAAUACGCUCAAGACUUCCUGGUGGCUAUUGCGGAGCCCGUGUGCCGACCGACUCACGUGCACGAGUACAAGCUCACGGCCUACUCUCUGUACGCAGCCGUCAGUGUUGGGCUGCAGACGAGUGACAUUACCGAGUACCUCAGGAAGCUCAGCAAGACAGGGGUCCCUGAUGGGAUCAUUCAGUUCAUUAAGCUGUGCACCGUCAGCUAUGGGAAAGUCAAGCUGGUCCUGAAGCACAACAGGUACUUCGUUGAAAGCUCCCACCCUGACGUCAUUCAGCAUCUUCUCCAAGACCCAGUGAUCCGAGAGUGCCGCCUGCGGAAUUCUGAGGGAGAAGCUACUGAGCUCAUCACAGAGACUUUGACGAACAAAUCUGCUAUAGCCAAGACUGCUGACAGCGGUGGUGGUGCUGGGCCCUCCACUUCCCGGCUAGCAGACCCACAGACCAAAGCCGACAUCCCUACCGACCUGUUGGACUUCUAUGAGCAAAUGGACAAGGAUGAGGAAGAAGAGGAAGAGACACAGACAGUAUCUUUUGAAGUUAAACAGGAAAUGAUCGAGGAGCUCCAGAAACGCUGCAUUCACCUGGAGUACCCCCUAUUGGCAGAGUAUGAUUUCCGGAAUGAUUCUGUCAACCCCGAUAUCAACAUUGACCUGAAGCCCACAGCUGUGCUCAGGCCGUACCAGGAGAAGAGCUUGCGGAAGAUGUUUGGGAACGGACGAGCACGGUCAGGUGUCAUUGUUCUUCCAUGUGGCGCUGGGAAGUCGCUGGUUGGUGUGACGGCUGCGUGCACCGUCAGAAAACGCUGUCUGGUACUGGGAAACUCUGCCGUGUCUGUGGAGCAGUGGAAAGCCCAGUUCAAGAUGUGGUCUACCAUCGAUGACAGCCAGAUCUGCCGCUUUACCUCCGAUGCCAAGGACAAGCCCAUCGGCUGCUCCGUUGCCAUCAGUACCUACUCCAUGCUGGGCCACACCACCAGGAGGUCCUGGGAAGCGGAGAGAGUCAUGGAAUGGCUCAGAACUCAGGAGUGGGGCCUCAUGAUCCUGGAUGAAGUCCACACUAUUCCAGCCAAGAUGUUCCGGAGAGUGCUCACCAUUGUGCAGGCUCACUGCAAGCUGGGCUUGACUGCAACCCUCGUUCGGGAAGAUGACAAAAUUGUCGACUUGAAUUUUCUGAUUGGGCCCAAGCUCUAUGAAGCUAACUGGAUGGAGCUGCAGAACAACGGCUACAUUGCCAAAGUCCAGUGCGCUGAGGUCUGGUGCCCAAUGUCUCCAGAGUUUUAUCGGGAGUAUGUGGCGAUCAAAACUAAGAAAAGAAUCUUACUGUACACCAUGAACCCCAACAAAUUCAGGGCCUGUCAGUUCCUGAUCAAGUUUCACGAAAGGAGAAAUGACAAGAUUAUUGUCUUUGCCGACAACGUAUUCGCCCUGAAGGAGUAUGCCAUUCGAUUGAACAAGCCCUACAUCUAUGGCCCUACGUCUCAAGGAGAAAGAAUGCAGAUUCUCCAGAACUUCAAGCACAACCCCAAGAUCAACACCAUCUUCAUAUCCAAGGUGGGUGACACAUCCUUCGACCUUCCGGAAGCAAAUGUUCUCAUUCAGAUCUCGUCCCAUGGCGGUUCCCGCAGGCAGGAAGCCCAGAGACUAGGACGAGUGCUCCGAGCCAAGAAGGGGAUGGUGGCAGAGGAAUACAAUGCUUUCUUCUACUCACUGGUGUCGCAGGACACGCAGGAGAUGGCCUACUCAACCAAGCGGCAGAGAUUCUUGGUCGAUCAGGGCUACAGCUUCAAGGUGAUCACUAAGCUUGCUGGAAUGGAGGAGGAAGACUUGUCCUUUUCAACGAAAGAAGAGCAACAGCAGCUUCUGCAGAAAGUCCUGGCAGCCACAGACCUGGAUGCAGAGGAAGAGGUGGUGGCAGGAGAGUUUGGCUCCAGAUCCAGCCAGGUGUCUCGGCGCCCAGGCACGAUGAGCUCCCUGUCAGGGGCUGAUGAUACUGUGUAUGUGGAGUACCACGCGGCCCGCAGCAAGGCCUCAGCCAGCAGGCACGUGCACCCGCUCUUCAAGCGUUUCAGAAAGUGACGCCAGCGCACGGCUGAGCACACGGCCUCAGUGUGAGGCUUCUCUCCACACCCACACUCUUCCCCUAGCCCGGGUCGAGUAGCAAAUGGUUUCUGUAAAUAAAAGCUUGUAAUUUUUAAAGAAUGUAUUUAUCUUCGUGUUCUGAAUAAACAGGAAUGGCAGUCCA